GCCGGGACGAUGACUUUCCAGUGGACGGCAGUUGCCACCUUUCUGUACGGUGAAAUAGGAGUAAUUCUCGUGCUCUGCCUGCCGUUUAUUUCUCCGCUGAGAUGGCAGAAGAUUUUUAUGAUUCCUCUAUGGAGCAAAAUGGCAGUUUUUUGGAACAAGAUGUUCCUUACAAUAAUAGUUUUACUGAUCGUCUUGUUUCUUGAUGCUGUUAGAGAAGUUAAGAAGUACUCAGCUGUUCAUGUGAAUGAGAAGGCUGCAAAUGUCAAUGCCAAUGCAUUUGAUCAUAUUCAGAUGAAACUCUUCCGAUCGCAAAGAAACCUCUAUCUCUCAGGUUUUUCCUUAUUUCUUUGGCUUGUAUUGAGACGUACUGUUACCCUUCUUACUCAGUUGGCAAAAGGGAUGGCAUCUCAUGCAGCUCUGGAAACACAAGUAAAUGAUGCUACUGAAGCAGCCAAAAAAUACAUGGCCGAGAAUGAAAGGCUGCAGGAGGCCUUGAGUGAAAAAGGGAGCAGUAAAAAGAAAGAGUCAGCGGAAGCAACUGAUGAAAAGUUGAAGGAGGAAGUUGAACAUUUGAAAGCAGAGCUACAGAAGACAUCAAAUGCUCUCCACAAGGCAAAUAAUGAAGUGACUGCAGUUAAAAAGCAGUCUGAAGGCCUUAAAAGAGAAUAUGAUAAUCUGAUGAAAGAAUAUGAAUGGCUUCAGGACAGUUUAAAUGAAGCAGAAGACAAGAAAGACCUGUAGGUGCAUCUAAGACAGAUGGCAUCAGUACAGUUGCUUCAACGUGAAAAGCCUUGUGCUGUCUAGGUUCCUGAUGCAUAUCUGAAACAAAAGGUGAUUUUUCUGAAGAGCACACGCACUGCGGGUCAUUAUUCAGAUGCCUCUAAUAUAUCUUGGUUGCCAAAAUAUUCUGUGUUGCAAAUAAAAUGUUAAGUGGCUUACCCAAUUUACCAUGGAAUUUGUUACUGCUGUUGUGAGGAGAAAUCUUUCAAUUCCAUCUGGAGCAACUUGACAGUUCUCCAAGCUUUUGCCUUCCAGAAUGGUAACAGAUCAUGCACUGUUAGCUUGUAGCAUUUGAGCAAGGUUGUAUAUCAUGCUAUACCAUAAAAACACAAUUACCUAAACCUCCUUUGCAACACCUGUUUGGAGUCUUCAAAAAUUCAGUUACCAGUGGGGUGAAGAAGGCUGAAAGCUUUUCAUCAGCCAUUCCACUUCAGUGGAAAACUGAAUGACAAUCAAUCUAAGGAAAAUAAAUAAAGAAGGAAACUGCAUUUCUAAAUCCAUCUGGCUAGCUUGUGACUUUCAUUUAGCCACGUGGAUGAGUGUAUUUUAACAAAUAAUAUUUUGCGUGCCUCUGGCUUAUUUUUCUUUAAUAUAUUGGAUUAUUUCAGUUUUCAUAACCAAAGUUUUGGGUUGGUUGGUAUUAACAGUCUGUAUUUUUACACUGUUCACAUCUGUUUACUCUGUAUGUGCCACCUAACUACUUUUGCCUUGCUAAGUAAAAAUUCUUUUUAAAUGUAGAUAGUUGGGUUUGUUUUGUUUUGUUUUCAUGGAUACGAUACCUCGAAUAAAUGUGCACUGUUUUGCAUAAGCCCUUUUUGGCAUUCAGAAAGUUGUUUUGAGUUUUUUUUGUUAGUUGGUUCCAGUUUAUAUUUGAAAGUGGGAUAUGUUUGUUAUAUCAAAGGGAUUGUUUAAGUUCA